AUGGUUAGGGGGCACCGGGCAAUUAGGUGCGACGAUGAGCUCUCGCGGGACUUCCUGGCGGAUUGCGUUGCCAGACUAGGCAACGCAUGGAGGGGGAUAAGCAUAAAGCUGGUCCCCGCCAAGGACAUCCCAAGGAGACCAAGAGCUCGCAUUUGGUUACCCAAGUGGCUGUCUAGCCAUGAAAGGGUGCUCAAGACUCUGCAAGCAAUGAACAAGGGAGUCGAUAUGGAGGACUGGGCCAUCCUCAAAGCGGAACGGGAGAUGAAGUCCAGCCAGCCAUACCUGUUCCUGAUAAACCAGCGCUGCCUAGAACAGCUGAAGGCAGCAGACAUUAAAGUCCGGUACGGCAUUAGGAAAGCCAAGGUAAAGGUCUUCCUAGACGAACCGGACGAUAUUCUGAAAGACGAAGUCGAGGACGCCAACAAGCUGAUGGACGACUUGGCAAUCGACGACAGCACCCCUAACAUCACCCCGAUCUAA